CUCUGUGCAAAUCACCAGUUGCUGCGCGUCCGACGAGGAGAAACACCAAUCUUAAAAGGCCAUUAUACUUUAAUACUUGCUGCAAACUGCCCGCUGCGCCCACCCAUGCGUACCAGAUUAUCCCGCUAUGCUUGUCUCUUCCGGUUGCGUAGCCUUACCGGUGAACUGCGAACGCCAGCGAGACAGUCUUGUCUUGUCUUCAGACCGACAUAUAACACCGGUCUCCCUUUGCUCUUCGCCCGGAAACUCACGAUGCAGUCGGGUGGAAAUGUGACGGGUAGCGGAGUCAGGAAGGAGGGCCCGGGCGGAGUACAGAAGUCGGGGCUCUCUAGCAACAUUCCCUCUGUCACAACAGAAGAUGUUGAUCCUCCCGGGGGGGAUAAACGAGUGGGGGACAUGCUUUUCGUCAAUGAGAGACAUUCUAGGACCCCGAGUCCCUUAUUUGGGGCCAACUGUGAUUACGACUCGGAGGCAGAGGCUUUCCGGGAUGGGAGAACCGAGGAGGUUGACCGGGACACCCGGAGCAGGGCGUUCUCCUGGUGCAGAGACUUCCUGGCGGGGUCCUGGAAGACCGUCGAAGAAAGGGAUUUUCAAAUAAGCAUUGUUAGUGGGGGGCUGAGUAAUCUGCUCUACCUGUGUUGUUUGCCUGACCAUGUGCCUGCUGUCGCAGAUGAACCUCGCGUCGUGCUCCUCAGAGUGUAUGGUGCCAUCUUACAGGGUGUGGACUCCCUGGUGUUGGAAAGUGUGAUGUUCGCCAUCCUGGCAGAACGAACUUUAGGACCAAAACUGUACGGCAUCUUUCCCCAGGGACGCUUAGAACAGUACUUUCCGAAUACCCGCAUGCGCACAGAUCAACUUCCCGAUCCUGCCAUAUCGGCUGAGAUUGCCACCAAGGUGGCAUGUUUCCAUGAAAUGAGCAUGCCCUUUAACAAAGAGCCCAGUUGGCUCUUUGGGACCAUUGACAAAUACGUGGAUCAAGUGAUGAAGCUUAAUUUUGUACGUGAAGCACAUGUGAAGAAGUACAAGAAGCUGAUGAAAUUAGACCUGCCUGCUGAGCUGGAGAAUCUACGUGCGCUGCUGGCCGAGACUAAAUCACCAGUGGUAUUCUGCCACAAUGACGUCACGGAAGGUAACAUUCUGAUACUGGAAGACAAGGACCCCAACACCACUCACAGACUCAUGCUGAUUGACUUUGAGUACAGCAGUUACAAUUACAGGGGGUUUGACUUUGGGAACCAUUUCUGUGAGUGGAUGUAUGACUACACCUAUAACCAGUGGCCCUUCUUCAAAGCCACACAGGAGAACUAUCCCACCAGAGAGCAGCAGCUUCAUUUCAUCAGAAGUUAUUUGGCACAGCAGAGAGGACACUCUGACAUGUCCAAGGACCAGACACAGGAGGAGGAGGCCAUGCUAAUUGAAGCUAACAGGUAUGCAUUAGCUUCACAUUUCCUCUGGGGGCUGUGGUCCAUCAUUCAAGCAAAGAUUUCCAAGAUCGAGUUUGGAUACAUGGACUAUGCCCAGUGCCGCUUUGAUGGCUACCUCAAGUUAAAGAAAGCCUUCUCCUGAUUCCCACGUUUUGAUAUAAAAUGUACUAGUAGUAUGCAACUCUGCUUACUACAAGCAAUGUUGGGUGGAAGAUAUACAUGUAAUGUAUGUACAUGUUAUUUUAGAGCAGGUAAAGCUCUACGGCUUGUUCAAAUUGGUUGUGGGGCAUUUGAGGGGCUCAGUCAACAUGAUGGUCGGCUACUGUACUAAACAAUGCUGGUCAUGUCUCUAAAUUUGAGUUAUUUUAGAGUUUUUUGUUUUAUUCUGCCUUGCUCCUUUUUUCUGAGGUCCAUUCUGCAUUAGGGUUCUUUGGAGGUCCAAUAAUGUGAAGUUAAAAGCUUAAUUACCCACAUUCAACAACAUAUUCCACAAGGGCUAUUUUGUACAGUAUCAAUGUAACUGUUCUAAUGGGUAAAUAAACAAGUGUAUGUUUAUGUCAGUAAUAUUGGAUUUAUUAACUGUACAUUUUUGUAACUGUCUUGCUACCUUUUCUCUUCUAUUUAUCGUUGUAUGACUGUAACAUCAUCUGGUAAACAUGUAAUUCUCAUCUAUGGUUUUAUGUAACUAAAAUGUACAUCUGGCACUUGUAGUCAACUAAAUUAAGCUAAAUUGCUUAAAUAGAUCCUACAAUUAUUUAAAUACCAUUAUGUUUAUCUAGACAGUCUCCUGGGUUUGACAGAAGCUACUUUAUUCACCAAAUGUCAUGAAUGUCCUACAUUUGACACAAAGCUUUGUCAGUUUACUUUUGAAUAGAAGCUAGCCGCUUUACUGUGCCUCAUUAACUGUUUGUUUUUUAAAGCAGCGCAUCCUGUUGAAGUUCAUACUGUGUCAUCUGUUUUAUGUUGGUUAUGGUAGUACAAACUACUAGUUUAAAUCUAAUAAACAUGUGUCUAGAA